UGCAGCGAGAGUGUGACUCGUCUCGGCAAUCCGAAAAUAAAGACAAGAUUCUUAGAGGGCCAGAACAUCGUAACGGCCCCCAAAACGAAGAGCCGGAGUUGGUGGCAAAAAAUAAAACAAAACCCAACGAUCUAGUGAACGGCGGAGGUAACAGGGUGGAAAACGGACGGAAUUGGCGCAGCGUUUUUCUUCGGUUGCACGAAUGAUUACACCCAGGCCUGUCCGCUCCGAACGCGUACGAUCGUACCGAAAAGGCAUUGACUUGCUGUAGGUCCGUACCAGGACGGUGAUAUUUAGUGGUUGAAAAACAGGGGCCCGCUCUAGGAUAUGGCAUCGGUGUCUAAGAAGCUGCCGUCCAAACUAUAUGCUAUUCAAGCUCAUAGCAGUAAAGUAACAUGCCUAGACAUUGGAGAAACUGGACGCGUUCUGGUUACUGGAGGUCAAGAUCGAAACCUAAAGCUAUGGACAUUCGGUGACGAGAAAUGUUUUAUGACACUUCCCGGGCACAAUUCGUCCAUCGAUUGUGUGAAAUUUGCCUAUUCCGAUGAUUUUGUCUACUCUGCGGACGAUACCGGUGUAAUAAAGCGAUGGAAUCUGAAUGCAUCCGACUCCAUCUCGCUGUUCGGACACAUGAAGAGUGUCCGCACGCUGGACUUUUAUCCGUACAGUGACACAUAUCUCGUGUCCGGUAGCAAUGAUACGUCGAUCCGACUCUGGGAUGUCCGGGAGAAGGUAUGCAUCAAGCGAUACCGGGGUCAUAUGUCGCAUGUUAAUUCGGUCAAGUUUUCACCGGAUGGAUCGUGGAUUGCUUCGGCUGGAGCUGAAGGAAGCGUCAUUAUCUGGGAUAUCAGAAUGAGCAAAUUGUUUAUGGAGUUUACCGAACGACAGACACCUGCAACGUGCGUAAAGUAUCAUCCUACAGAUCUGUUAAUGGCUGCCGGUCGAAGCGAUGGUUCCGUGGAUUUGUAUGAUCUCGAGAAACGACAACUGAUCACACAAACGCCUGCACAGCACAGUACUGGCGCUGGUGGUAGUGGUCAGCCCGUGCGUUGCAUCACGUUCGAUGAGAGUGGCAAAUGUUUGUUCGUCGGUACCGGUGCAGGUAUUUCUGUAGUUGGAUGGGAACCGGACCGAGAGUAUGAUCGAAUCGAUUCGAACUGGAGCCAGCUGGGCGAUAUGAAAAUUGCUGGAUCAAAGCUGCUGUUUGGCACGUACGAGGAAGCCUCGGUGGCGAUCCAUGCCGUGCCGCUAGGGCAUCUGCGUGCCUUUUACAAUCCACAAAAUCAAUCACAAUCAUUCACCCACAAUCAAACGUCUCGCAAGAGCUUCAGCAGAGGUAGUGGCAAGGUGCGACUGUCGAUUGGUGCCAGCGGAGGUGGUGCCGGUGCGGGAGUCGCAUCGGAUGCGGGCCAGGAAGGCGAAGCAGGCAGUGGUAAUGGUGGCGGUAUGUCACCAAACUUGAACAUCGAAAUGAUCGACGAAGAAGAUGCCACGUAUGGCAGUGCGUUCGAUUUCAAUCUACCACCGUCCAAAAGCUCGCUGGAUGCGCUGGGAAAUGGCGGAAUGGCUAGUGGAUCGAAUGUAGGCAUAUCGUUUCCGGCAGGCCCGGGAGAUCCGGUAAUGCCUUCUGCUGGUCCACUCAUUAACAAUCACUAUCUAGUGCGAGAGGAGAUGCAGAUGUACAAUCUGAACAGCCUUGACUACUAUCCACUACCGAAGGGAAUUGUGCCAGAGGUUGAAAAGGAAGACUUUCCGGUUAACAAUGCACAACCACCGGACUACGCACCGAAAAGUGCCAGUCAACAGAUGACUGGUGGUUCUGGUUCGGCGUUUGUGAACGGUACGGCUAGUGGUACAUCGGGGACGGGAAAGAGCGGUGGUUCUGGGACGAGCGGACGAAUUGGCAACACGAGAUCGUCGGUCAGCACAGCGUCAGACCAAAGACGACCCGGCAGCAUUCACGGUGGCGUAGGCCACAGCCGAUCGGCAGGGAACCUUGUAAGACGUCUUGCCACCUCGAAAAGUACACUUGAACUGAACAAACUGCCGGCAGAUGAGGCGGUCACGUUCAAGAAGCCGAUCAGUCGUGGCAGCUCACCUAUCCGGCACCAGAGCCACCAGCCACCGUACCACAGUGGCACUGGGUCGAGCCUGAGCAAAAUUCAGCGUAGCGAGAGCAGUGCUCAGAUCACGGGCAUGCGUAACGGCACGAACGGUGGUACCGAACGUUCUCGGCAGCAUAACGCGAACGUCAAGGUACAAAUCGUCACCAAACCGGUACGCUCCAAAACAUCGCUGGAUAUUCGCCAUCGCACGACAGCUGGACCGGCGGGUGGAAUUUACAGUCAGCGAGCAUCCACCAUUAACCAGAAUGCGGGAAUGAACGCCCAUGGGGAGGCGCUGGCAGACUAUGGCAGUGUUGGAAAUGUGGGCGCACUAAUGUUAGACCAACCGGCCGUAGGACCCACUAUCCUUCGGUACGGUGGUCACGAGAGUACGAGCAUGGAAUACGAAAUACAGGUGCUACGAAACGAGCACGACACUACGCUACAGGCGCUCUGUAAUCGAACCGCACUGCUAUCUGCCAUCCGCAACUACACCAAAUCAGGCGACGUAACUGGUGCGCUGAAGGUGGCAGUACGCAUGAACGAUCAGCAUAUACUGGUCGACGUGCUCGGCGCAAUAUUGGAGAAAACCUCCCAAUGGACACUUGACAUGUGCGUGUUGCUACUGCCAAAGGUGUACGAUCUGCUACAGAGCGAGUAUAAAUUCCAUUGCACCCGGGCCUGCGAUACGCUGCGUGUCAUACUGUCCACGUUUCUGCCCGUGAUUCGCGAAAACACCGACCCGUGGGGCGCGUGUACGAUCGGCGUGGACGUUAGUCGGGAAGAGCGCCAGAGCAAGUGUCUUGAGUGCAAGAACUGGCUGCUGCGAAUACGCUGUUUGCCAGAAAAUCCCAAAAUGGGCAGCAACUUGCAGCAGCUGCAGAAUAUGAUAGUGGACAUCUGAUAGAACGCUGAUGCUUUUGGCCUGCAAAUUGUCUUCAGUUUUCUCCAUUUCCUCAUAAGUUAUUCCUAACGGAUUUGCCAAUUGUACUUUCUAAUCUGCCUAGCUGGUGAUCAAUGAAGUCGCUCUGAUCCGGUAGCAAUGCUCGCGAUCGUUUUAAUAUGUUUUCGUUGAUUCUCUCUAAAGUGAUAACCGUGCGUGCGUGGCAUGCGUGUGAAAGCUUGCCCAGUACGGGCUAUAGCUAUGUACAGUCAAAAUCCGUUCUAAACCUUGCGAGUAUGUGGGCGCCCUUGACAGUCGAACGUUUAUCAAAACAGUCCUUCUCCCUUCCCACUUCGAAUCUAAUCAUAAAACCGUUACAAAUCCAUAUCGCGUACAUGUCUACGUGAAGUUAUUGCAGCUACCUAUUUCCAGAAAAAAUAAGAUAGAAUCCAUCAACUUACCAAUGCAGAUAAACAGCAUCAUUGUGACACUAAAUCACAAUCGCCGUUAUGUGAUCAAAACGUCAGCGCAUGGUCUUUACGUUGCGUGCACAGCACCCGGCAAUAAGCGUCUUGACUGGAAUUGUUCAUAUCCGAUCAAGUUCAAUUAGUAGAGGAUCACUGUGAUUAAUUGUAGCUUUCAAAAAGCGUAGUGCACCAAUUGUAAUCUGAACUAUGUAUCAAUAGCCAUGUGGGUUCGGUGUUGUUCAAUGUUUGCCUUAUUGCCGUUGCCUAACAAUUUUCUUGAUUGAAUGCGCUUUGUGACGUCGACCCUCAGUAUCGGUUAUUUCCAGGCAGAUUUUUAGCGCUAAAACUGUUCUCUACAAGUGACAUGAAAUUGAAGAGGUUUAUGUUUUAAUGUAAAAUUCUUCAGCUCACUAACUAAAAUUUAUGAAUAUUCGAAGCUGCACGAUAAGAGAACAACUUUUUCUUUUGGUUUUGACACCAUAACCGUUGUAGGUCUGUAUUAUGUCUAAAUGGCUUGCUAUCUUCUUUAGCUGGGACUUCAUUUAUUAGAUUAAUAAUCAACCUAGCGUAUGAGUUGUGGUGCGGAUUGAACCAUGCGCAUUAUUGGUUAAACAGUCAUUUCCCGAGUUACGCGAAUGAUGCAACAUAGCACGAUGUCGCAAUGAUGUCGCGUAGCACGGGAAAAGACUGUACUGCAUCACUUACUUGAACAGGCAUACUAACACAAUUUUAACCAAAAUAAGUCGUUUUGUUUAAUCACACUUGAUCGGCAACGCUGUUUGACUGUCCAUUUGCUCGCUCAGUUCACUAACCCAUCUCACACUAAUCCAACCAUAGAUCGUCAACAUAUUUGUGAAUUAGAAUGCAUUACAGUGGAUGAAGGAUUCACGUACAUGCUGUCCUGGUUUUUUCCAUGUGUCCCAUUCCUUAAAUUAUAUUACGCUCGCAUUUUGAUCUAGGCUGUACUUGUGUUUCGUUGCGCCUCUACACACACUUAGGCGUCGCGCUCACUUUGAAUUAAACUUUGUUGAACAAACCCGUUUCUUUUCUUCUGCUACGAUAUCUAAUAAGACUGAUGUUACGUCGUUUGUUGAUGAAUGUUGAGUCGAGAAACUGGCUUAAUAUUAUAUACAUUAACAAAAAAUAUAAAAAAAUAAACGGAAGUAAAGUUAACACGAUACUGAUUACCAGGACGGUGGUAAAAUGGAGCCGUACACUAAUGACUAAUUACGAUCUUAUUAGCUAACUCGCUAGGUUGUAGCAGUUAAGGAUGCGCAACAUGGUAUGAACCAUUUGCUGUAAAAUAUUAAGUUAACAAGAUAGCGAUACGUACAUAAUGGUCGUGCAAAUGGAACAAAAAUGUAGUGCAGACAAAUGAAUGAGGCGUGUUGUUUGGAUGAGAACUCAACGGUUUCGAUAGUCGCGAGAGCGGAAGCGGAUCGUAGACAUUGAAACGUGGGUCGAUUGGCCGGGGACAAAGGUUCGAUGGUUUGAAAAGAUAAACAAAAAGAUUAAGCAUGAGAGCAAACGUGUGUAGUGAUUGGCACUAACCAAAAAUACUAGAAUUACAUUUACAUAGCUGCAUGCCUAAAAGUAUAGUCAUUAUACAUUUACGCCUGAAGGAAAAGCACGGAAACGAAUGGUAGAAAAUUAGACAAUAAUGAGCUACAUUACUAGUAUACUAAACCAUAUCCACCCUCCCCCUCCUCCGUCCCUCUCCCAAACUUCCUUCUCCGUCCUUUUACUGUUGAUUACAAUUUUAUAACAAAAGGAGUGCAAAAUAGAUGAGUGCAGAUCGAAGGGUGAUUUUCUAUAAAAAUCACCUCAAAAGUAAAUCAAGGUACAUACAAAAGCAUGGACAUGUAAUAUGCAUAACAGUGGUUGUAGAAAGGGAGAUAAUCAGUUUUAAAAAGAGAAAGCUAAUAACAUACGUAGUUGUGAAAUUGCGAUAAUACCGUGCAUAUGACACUAUUUCUCUAACACGCAAAUAAUUUAGUUGUAGACGAAGAACUACAUUACCAAGAAGCUCUUCAGAUAUUCAAUCUGCACAAUAGAUUCUUACCAUCGCGUGCGUGGAAUGGAAAACUAAAUUUGAGGUUGGCCUUACUAUAUUACGAACUGCUCAACUUUAAUGAUAUUCAAACACCUCAAACCGACACAAACUUUCAUAACAUAAUCACAAAAUGGAUGAAGAUUCUUAAAACAACCAACAAUCGUACUACCAUGUUGGAGCACUUUACAGCUUAAAGCAGUUUUUAAUUUGACAACAGGACACAACUGUACGCGUGUAAAAAUGUACAAACAUAACUUGCCGAAUUACAUGCUGUUAGUUCAUUUUUUUUAAACAUCUUAUUAAAACAUUAAACAGAAUGAGAUUGUCGUGCUGAGAAAAAAAAAGACAGGUUCACUUCGAAUACAGAAACAAUCCCGCGUCGAGAAGAAACAAAAAAAUGUUGCAGCUACGUGUGCGAGCAUGUGUUAUUCUGACUACAGUUUUUAACUGAUCGGUACUGCCUAACUUUAUUUUGCAAUUGCAAUUCGCCUAUACACAUAAACACAUAGCAAGUGAUAAGCGACUGAAAACGAAGCAAAGAAACGAAAAACAAUAUCAGUGCCCGUGAUAAAACCGUUAAAUAGCAAACAAAGCAUUAGAUGAAGACUUAAUGAAGACAGUUGCGAAUUGGGGGGGAAAAAAACAUUAUUGAACGGGGGCAACAAUUGCGAUGGUUUUAAUUAAAAAUAU